CACUUCCUGUUAAGGUCAGUUUCCUGGGAAGCUGGCAGUUAAAAUCCAGCUGGGAAUAGGGCUGCUGCAUAUCUGUGUCUCCUCUUGCUUGGGAUGACAUGACUCUGAUAGAACUGGGGAAGGAAUAUUGGUGCACACAGCUCUGAGGGAAAACCUUUAGCUUUGCACUUGCAUGCACUGGACUCCUUGCAGGAAUUCUAUAGAUUUUUCUUUAUUGCUGAAGACCAAAGCUGAAUAGAAGGAGUGGGAUCCAUUUUGGGGGUAAAUAUAGGAGUUAAAAAGGACAGAUUUAUUUUACAGAACAGUAGGCAGUUUCAGUUAGUGCAGGACAACAUGUUCAGCUGGCUGGGGACUGAGGACCGUAGGAAGAAAGACCCUGAGGUGUUCCAGACGGUCAGCGAUGGCCUGAGGAAGCUCUACAAGACCAAGCUGCUCCCCCUGGAAGAAUAUUACAAAUUCCAUGAGUUUCAUUCGCCGGCUCUGGAGGAUGCGGAUUUUGAUAACAAGCCCAUGGUCCUGCUGGUUGGACAGUACUCUACAGGGAAGACGUCCUUCAUCAGAUACCUCCUAGAGCAGGACUUUCCAGGGAUGCGCAUCGGACCUGAGCCCACCACAGACUCCUUCAUUGCAGUGAUGCACGGGGACGUGGAGGGGGUUAUUCCUGGCAAUGCUCUAGUGGUGGAUCCUAAGAAACCUUUUAGAAAACUCAAUGCAUUUGGAAAUGCCUUCCUGAAUAGAUUUGUUUGUGCCCAGCUGCCCAAUCCCGUGCUGGAGAGCAUCAGCGUCAUCGACACACCAGGAAUCCUGUCCGGAGAGAAACAAAGGAUAAGUCGAGGAUAUGACUUUGCUGCCGUGCUGGAAUGGUUUGCAGAAAGAGUCGACCGUAUCAUCCUCCUGUUUGACGCGCACAAGUUGGACAUCUCCGACGAGUUCUCAGAAGUCAUAAAGGCCCUGAAGAACCAUGAAGACAAAAUGCGCGUGGUCCUCAACAAAGCCGACCAGAUUGAGACCCAGCAGCUGAUGAGGGUUUACGGCGCCCUCAUGUGGUCUUUAGGAAAGAUCGUUAACACUCCAGAAGUUAUCCGAGUCUACAUUGGAUCUUUCUGGUCCCACCCACUCCUCAUUCCCAACAAUCGCAAGCUGUUUGAGGCCGAAGAACAAGAUCUCUUCCGGGAUAUCCAGAGCCUGCCAAGGAAUGCGGCUCUCAGAAAACUUAACGACCUCAUCAAAAGAGCCCGUCUGGCAAAGGUCCAUGCCUAUAUCAUUAGUUCUCUGAAGAAGGAAAUGCCGGCUGUGUUUGGGAAGGACAACAAGAAGAAGGAGCUCAUUGCUGGUUUGGGAGAGAUUUACGGCCAAAUUGAACGAGAGCAUCAGAUCUCCCCAGGAGACUUCCCCAACCUGAAGAAGAUGCAGGAUCAGUUGCUGGCACAAGACUUUAACAAGUUCCAGCCACUGAAGAGCAAGCUCCUCGAGACAGUGGAUGAAAUGCUUGCCCAUGAUAUUGCCCACCUGAUGGUACUAGUCAGGCAGGAGGAGACUCAGAAACCUGUUCAGGUGGUGAAAGGAGGAGCCUUUGAGGGUACCCAGAACGGGCCCUUUGGCCACGGAUAUGGAGAGGGGGCAGGAGAAGGCAUUGAUGAUGCUGAUUGGGUGGUAUCCAGGGACAAACCCAUGUACGAUGAGAUCUUUUACACCCUCUCUCCCGUCAAUGGAAAAGUCACUGGUGCCAACGCAAAGAAAGAGAUGGUGAAGUCCAAGCUGCCCAACACGGUGCUCGGCAAAAUCUGGAAACUUGCCGAUAUAGACAAGGACGGGAUGUUGGACGAUGAGGAAUUUGCUUUAGCCAAUCAUCUCAUUAAGGUUAAAUUAGAGGGGCACGAGCUUCCCAAUGAUAUUCCUUCUCAUCUCGUCCCGCCGUCCAAGCGAAAGGUGCACGAAUAAAAUAAUAGAAUUCAGAAUGA